AUGAAGGUCAACUUACCUGACGAGAAUAAUCAAACACCGGUGUUCUAUGCCAUCAGACAUGGCCAUAUUCGAUCUCUCCGCGCACUUUUAACCGAUUACCGAAUAGAUGUCAACUGGCGUGAUAGGACAGAUACAACUCCAAUCAGCCUAGCAGCAGCCCUCGGUUUUGCGAACAAGGUCGGGGUUCUUUGCACAUCCGGGGCAGAUAUUGGUAUCCAAGAUCAAGAGGAGCAAAUCUCUUUACACCAUGCGGCACGAUUUGGGCACCACCUAGUCAUCAGAGUUUUACUAUCGUACGGUAUUGAUAUCAUAAACUCCAAUGACCAUUUUGGGGAUACACCACUGCAUCAUGCUGCCCGAAACGGACGUAUUUUAGUCACUCGAGAGCUGCUUAAGAGGCCAACGCUAUAUUUGCAUGGUGCGAAUAAGAAAGGCGAAACUCCUUUACAUCUUGCCGCUCGAUUUGGCCACCAUCUUAUUAUAUCGGUGCUGCUAUUACACGACAGAACAUUAGCUAAUGUGAAGAAUCAUAAUGAAGAUACUGCCCUGCACGAAGCUGCAAGUUCAGGUCACACUUCAGCGGUCUAUGAACUACUCCGGUAUGAGACUACCUCGAUCAAUGAAGAAAACAGCGCUGGAGCUAAACCUCUACACCUUGCAAUUCUUCAUCACCAUCUAGGUAUUGUACAGCUACUUCUGAAUAAAAGAUCUGGAUACAAUCUGCAUCGAUCUCCAUCUCGAGGAUGGAAACUUCUCGGACAUUUUUUCCUGGUGAGUCAAGUUUAA